AUGCCGGCCCAGCGAGCCCUCGCCCUAGCAGCGGCAGUCGCCUUCCUGCCGCGCGCCUUCGCCCACGGUGACGACGCGCACGAGAUGGGGGGAAUGGAUAUGCACGACGCGCCGGCGCCGGCCGAGGCGCAACCCGCGAGCGACUGGCCCAUGACUUACUUCAGCUUCAAUGAGCACGUCGGCCUGCUCUACGCAUAUGUCGCGCUUUGCUUCUUGACUUGGGUCGUUCUGUGUCCCAUAGCUGUGAUGUUGAGCUCUGCGCGCUCACGCUUCAACCUGCCCGCGCAGGUCGUUUUCCUCGCUUCGCAGGGCUUCGCUCUCUUCCUCGGCGUCGUCUACAACGCAAAGACGCCCGACCUCUACCCGGCCAACGCGCACAACCGGCUCCGGUGGGUUUUGAUGUGGAUUUCGGUCGUUUGGUUCGCGCUGGGCCUGGUGAACCUCUAUACCGGCCGCACCGGGAAGCAGGACUCGGCGAGCGAGCCGCUUUCGGCGGCCGUCAUGGCGCGGUACCAGCGCUUGCAACAGGUGCACCAACCGGCCACGCGCUGGUCCAACGACUCGGGUCAGGGUACCGAGCGCAACUCUGCAUCCUUGUUCAGCCACUCCCGCUCGCCCAGCAACGAGUCCGACAACAACCACUUCGAGGAGGCUCAUGCGGCCACGUUCCACAACGUCGACGAUGAUGAGGAUGUCGAGGAUGUCGAGAAGCGCGGCUUCUUGCGCGACACUCGCGUCGACCGCUUCCUUUCCCGCAACGUGCCCCGCCUCGCUGUCGGCAAGACGCUGAGCGUUAUGAACUUCUUUUAUGUCGUUAUUGAGCGCACAAUCCUGAUCCUCGGUUUCGUUUCGCUGUCCACUGGUGCCUGCGCCAUGGGCGGUAUUGCUCGCGGCGACCACAUCUUCAACAUCCUGGCCCACUUCGUCAAGGGCGCCAUCUUUUUCUGGUAUGGCCUGUUGACUCUCGGUCGCUGGAUGGGAUGUUUCGCGGAGUUUGGAUGGGCGUGGAACGUCAAACCCACCGCGGACACGGUUGGUCGUUGGAAGGCAGCCAUCCCUACUGCAGAGUUUACCGAGUCUUUGGUCAUCUUUACGUACGGCGCUUCAAACGUCUUCCUGGAGCACCUCGCUGCCUGGGGCGGCGAAUGGGUCGCGCAGGAUUUGGAGCAUGUUUCGAUUUCCGUCAUGUUCUUCGGUGGCGGCGCUCUUGGUAUGCUCAUCGAGUCGAAGCGGGUGCGUGAGCUCCUCAACACGUCCAUCCUGGGCACGCGCGACCACAUUGCGCACGCGGGCGACGAGCACUGGGAAGAGCCCGCAACGUACCGCUUCUCGUACAACCCGAUGCCGGGGCUCGUCAUCAUCCUGCUGGGCAUGAUGAUGGGCUCGCACCACCAGGCGUCGAUGCUGUCGAGCAUGAUCCACAUGCAAUGGGGCAACAUGUUUGUGGGCUUCGGCAUCGCGCGUGCCGCCACGUACAUAAUCCUGUACCUGAAGCCGCCGACGUCGUACCUGCCCAGCCGGCCCAUCACCGAGCUGAUCAGCGCCUUUUGCCUCGUAGCGGGCGGCCUGACAUUCAUGGUCAGCAACAAGGACACGGUCUCGGCGCUCGAGUCCUACGACCUCGACGCCAUGUUCACCUUUGUCAUUACCAUCGGCCUGACCUGCCUCAUCCUCACCUGGACCGUCGUCAUGCUCGCGUUCCGCGGUUGGGCGCUGCGCCGCGAGUCCGCUGGCUCCGGCUCCGCGGGCAGCAACCUCAAGCACGGCAGCGUCGCUGCUGCCGCUGCCGCUGCCGCUCUGCCGUAA